UUUUUUAUUUUUAAGUUGAGUUUCUGGUUUUUACAUUUUAAGUUUGCGUUUCUGAUUUUAUUUCCUGUCCUCUUAAUUAAUUUAAAACUAAUUUUAGAAUCAGAGAAUAUUCUCCCCCAACAACACCAACAAUUACCUAUUCAUUCAACACAACCAAUGCUUCCCCUUCACAUAUCAUCUGAUAUAGUAAACAGCACACUUCAAUCAAACACAUGUCAGGGCGAUUUAUUCAAACACAAAAUUAAAGUGAAUGGGUGUAAACCAAAAUCUAUUACAAAUCGUUUUUGCCAUGGAAGUUGUUCAUCAUUUUAUAUACCCCGUCUACGAUCCAAAAAACUUAAGGCAACAUUCCAAAGUUGUUCAGCUUGUAUACCUGCUGAAGUGGACACAAUACAGAUCCGCCUAGAAUGUCCAGACCUAGAAAAAGGUUAUCUCUAUAGAAAAAUUGUUCGAGUAAAAAAGUGUGCUUGUAGAAAUAUAAUGUUGGAAGGGGAAGAAAUGGGUGGUGACAACAAUAAUAAUGAAAAUGUAUUGGAAGAUGAAGAGGAUGAAGAAAAUUUGAAUGAUUAUAACGAUGGGGAUUAA